CUCUUCCCCACAACAGCGGGCUUCCCCCCUCUGCACCUAUGGAGGCCAAGAUGGAGGCACCCCUUGAAAAGGCUCUAGGGGUGAUGAUAAACACCUUCCACAAAUAUUCAGGCAGGGAUGGCGACAAGUAUAAGCUCAACAAGGCUGAGAUGAGGGAGCUGCUUCUUCAAGAGAUGCCUGCUUUUGUCCAGGGGAAGAUUGAUGAGCCUGGUUUUAAAUAUAUGAUGAAGAAACUAGACAGCAACGAGGACGGGGAGCUGGAUUUCCAGGAGUACGCGGUCUUCUUGGCUCUCGCCGCUUCCCUCUCAAAUGAGUUCUUCCAAGAGUGUGCUGACGAGAACAACCGGAAGAGAUGA